GAAAAAGAAGUCAUAUGCAGAGCAACAGUUGCUAGCAUAAACACCAGAAAUGAUGCUAAAAAAAACUUGUCUGUGGACUAUCUUCAUUCACUUGUACAACUUGCAACGACACUAACGCCAUGGGUAUUCAGAGUAGACUUGGCAGUUGUUGAUGCCGGCGAGAAAACUAACUUUGCCAGGGCGGGUGAUAACGGAUCGAACCGCAACAAUAUUCCCCUGUGCAUAACUGACUUGGUUGGAAAGACAAUGGAUUUUCAAGUAAAAAUCACAAACUUCAACUUCAAAUCAUCCUUCCAAUCCUUCACCGUGUCAAGGGUACUUCGUGAAAUAAAUAGGAGCCACGCUGAGAGAUUUAACAAUUACUAUUGGCUUACAAACUAUCGCUUUAACCAGGAAGUAAUCACGGAAGAAACACUCAACCCUAAUCUGUCUGACCUGACAUACAACAUCAACGAUAUCGAAAAGGAAUCAAUCCCG